AUGUUGCUGCUUCAGUGCAGAAAUCCAGCCUCUCUUCCAAGGCCAUGUAACUUGGUACCAAAUGUAAAAAUGGAGAUUCUCCUGGUUUUGCUGGGUCUGCUCAGUAACUCUGCCGCCAUGCCUUUCCAGAUGCCAAUGCCCCGGAUGCCUGGAUUUAGCAGUAAAAGUGAAGAGAUGAUGCGAUAUAGUCAAUUCAACUUUAUGAAUGCCCCGCCUAUGAUGCAUAUGGGCCCAUAUGGAAAUGGUUUGCCAAUGCCUCCACACAUGCCUCCGCCAUACCCUCCAUACCAGAUGCCCAUGUGGCCUCAGCCAGUACCCAAUGCAUGGAAUCCACCCCCAAUGCCCAAUUUCCCGAGCAAGACUGAUCAAACCCAGGAGACUGCCAAACCCAACCAGACCAAUCCGCAAGAGCCACAACCACAGAAGCAGCCUCCAAAGGAACCACCAAAUGAAGCAGCACGGGCCAAAGAGGAAGCCCAGCCACCUCAGCCAUUUCCACCAUUUGGCAAUGGGCUUUACCCCUAUCAACAACCACCAUGGCCUAUUCCACAGAGGGGACCACCACCAGCCUUUGGACGUCCAAAAUUCAGCAAUGAAGAAGGAAAUCCUUACUAUGCAUAUUUUGGAUAUCACGGCUUUGGAGGUCGUCCUUAUUAUUCGGAAGAGAUGUUUGAAGAUUAUGAAAAACCCAAAGAAAAAGAUCCUCCUAAACCAGAGGACCCACCCCCAGACGACCCACCCCCAGAGGCCUCCACUAACUCAACUGUGCCAGAGGCUAAUGCCACACAGUCAGUUCCUGGAGGAAGUCAAGGCGGAAAUGAUACUAGCCCAAUAGGGAACAGGGGCCCUGGGCCGAAUGCUGGCAACAACCCUACAGUUCAAAAUGGUAUCUUCCCUCUCCCGAAAGUAAAUGUUUCAGGCCAAGGAGUAUCGAAAAACCAAAUUCCGUGGAGACCAAGUCAGCCAAAUAUUUAUGAGAAUUAUCCUUAUCCGAAUAUGCGAAAUUAUCCUUCAGGAAGACAAUGGCAAACCACUGGUACCAUGGAGCCCAGACAGAACAGACCUGGUUACCAAAACCCACAAAUACAAAGGGGUCCUCAGUGGAAUUCCUUUGAUUGGGAAGGCAAACAAACUACUCGUCCAGGAAAUCCAACUUACCGCAAACCUCUCCCUCCUACUUCAGGAGUCAAUUAUGCCAACUCUGCAGGAAAUCCAGUAAAUUUUGGAAGAAAAUUGCCUGGGCCAAAUAAACCCUUUCUGGGAGCCAAUCCGGCUUCAAAUAAACCCUUUCUGGGAACCAAUCCGGCUUCAAAUAAACCCUUUCUGGGAGCCAAUCCAGCCUCAAAUAAACCCUUUGUGGGAACCAAUCCAGCCUCAAAUAAACCCUUUCUAGGAGCCAAUCCAGCCUCAAAUAAACCCUUUGUAGGAACCAAUCCAGUCCCAAAUAAACCUUUUGUGGGAGCCAAUCCAGCUGCAAAUAAACCCUUUGUGGGAACCAAUCCAGCUGCAAAUAAACCAUCUACAGGAGCCAAUGCUGCCGCAAAUAAACCAUUUGUGAGAAACAAUGCGGCCUCAAAUAAACCAUUUGUGGGCACCAAUGCUGCCACAAAUAAACCACUUGUGAGAAACAAUGCGGCCUCAAAUAAACCAUUUGUGGGCGCCAAUGCUGCCUCAAACAAACACCCUGUGGGAACCAAUGUGGCCUCCAUGGGUCCUAAACAGGUUACUGAUAGCCACAAUGUGAAAACCCAAAAUCCAAAGGAAAAGUCACUAGGUCAAAAAGAAAGAACAGUCAGUUCCACAAAAGAUACAGCCAGACCCUGGAGAAACUCUCAACAAUAUGGAAUUAACACACCAAAUUAUAAUUUGCCUCACCCUGAGGGUAGCAGGGUAGGCCCAAAUUUUAAUUCUUUUGAUCAACAAGAAAACUCCUACUUCUCAAGAGGAGAUUCCAGAAGAAUGCCAAGUCCCAAAAUACAAAUCCAAAGCCAGAAUCUGCCCAAAGGAAUUGCUUUAGAGCCAAGAAGAACCCCAUUUGAAUCAGAAACUAAGAAACCUGAAUUAAAGCAUAGUACACAACAGCCUGCGUACCCUAAGAAAAUCCCUUCUCCUACAAGAAGACAUUUCCCUGCUGAAAGAAACUCCUGGAAUCACCAAGAAAUCCCUCCACCCUUAAAGGAAGAUCAUGGGAGGCAGGAAGAAAUGUUACCUUAUCCUUCCUAUGGCUCUAGAGGAAAUAUUUUUUACCAUGACUAUAACAACCCUUACUAUCCUAAUGAGAACUCACCAUACAUUAGAAGCAAUACAUGGAAUGAGAGGGUUAGCUCUCCCAGUACUAUGAGGCAACCAGAAAAUCCACAGUACCCCAUGAAUUCUCUAGACCAGAAGGAGACAGAGCAGUAUAAUGAAGAGGAUCCAAUUGAUCCAAAUGAAGAUGAAUCUUUUCCAGGACAAAGUAAAUGGGGUGAUGAAGAGCUCAACUUCAAAGGAAGCCCAACAAUUAGGCAUUAUGAAGGUGAAAAAUACGCCUCAACCCUACCACAAGAAUAUCUUCCCUAUUCCUUAGGUAAGCCACCUAAGGAAACUUUUCCUUACAGUGAAAUCUAUCCCUGGAACCCACAUGAAAAUUUUCCAAUCUAUAAUCCAGGUCCUACGAUAGCACCACCUGUGGACCCCAGAAAUUAUUAUAUUAAUAAUGCCAUAGGACAAGAAGAAAGCACUCUCUUUCCUUCAUGGACCCCCUGGGACCAUGGAAAUCAAGCACAGAAGCAAAGAGAAAGUGAGCCAUAUUUCAGUGGAAAUGUCUGGGGUCAGUCCACAAGUUUCCAUAAGUCUAAUCCACCAAACCAGAAGAGGAACCAUCCUUAUUCUACCAGCUCCCCUGCUGGACUUCCGAAAGACCCAACAUGGCUUGAAGGUGAGAAUUCGAACUAUGAUUUACAAAUUACUAAUUUAAAUCCACCAGAGAGAGAACAGUUGGCUUUCCCUGAUUUCAUUCCUCAAAGUUACCCAUCAGGCCAAAAUGAAGCACACUUAUUUCACCAGAGUCAGAGAGGUUCCUGCUGUAUUGGUGGCUCCACGGCACAUAAAGACAAUGUGCUGGCUCUACAAGACUACACUUCAUCCUAUGGUCUUGCACCAAGGGAGAUCAAAAAACCCAGCCCUGUGCAUACAGAAAGUAGUUAUACCAAGUAUGCAAGACCUCAUGUCUCCCCAACCAGCAUCCUACCUAGUCAAAGAAACAUCUCAGAGAAUAAACUAACUGCAGAAAGCCCAAACCCAAGUCCUUUUGGAGAUGGUGUGCCUGCUCUGAGGAGGAACACACCAUAUUCUGGAAAGAAUCAACUGGACACCGGAAUUAUGGCCUUGCCUGAAGCCAGCUCUCCUCAGCCAAAAAAUACACCCUGUCUUAAAAGUGACCUUGGAGGAGAUCGGAGGGAUAUUCUGAAACAAUUUUUUGAAGGCAGCCAGCUCAGUGAAAGAACUGCUGACCUUAUUCCUGAACAGCUCGUUAUUGACAUCCCUGAUAAAGGCUCUGGCCCAGACAGCAUACAAAGUGAAGGCCAAGGAAAUGGGGACGAGAUGCAGCAGCAAAGACCACCUACCAUCCUUAAGGUGCCAUGUUUUAGCUCCAAAUUAGCAAAGUUUCACUCUUCAAGCACUGGACCUCCAACUAAUGAUGGAAGACAAAGCCUGCUCAAUGGAGCUCUCUCUACACCUACUGAAAAUCCUAAGACAUCAGUUGGGUUAGCUACUAGGGAACAAUUUAAAAGUAUAAAUGUAGAUCAAGCGAAUGCAGAUGAACACACUACAUUUGAAGCUUUUCAAGGAACCAGUCAAGAGGACCAAGUACAAGGCUGCUUACUGCUUCAGGCUUAG